AUGAUAAAUUAUUUGCUGCUCAUAUCCCGACAGGGGAAAACCCGGUUCACUAGGUUCUGUGACGGGUCGGACCUUCACCGGCGGCAAGAGGUCAUCAAACGAGUCACGACCGAGGUUACAUCACGUCCACUCGGUGGUUGUCUCGUUAUCGAGGCGCCGGACUUGGGCAAAGUCGUAUACAAACGCUAUGCAUCACUUUACUUCGUAUGCGGGAUCGACGAAGACGAAAACGAGCUCUGUGCCCUGGAGAUCAUCCACAACCUCGUUGAGGUACUCGACCGCUACUUCAGCAACGUCUGCGAAUUGGACCUGAUCUUCCACUUCCACAAGGUACACAUGAUAGUCGACGAACUCCUAAUCGACGGCGAGUUGUGCGAGACGUCCAAGAAGGCUUGUUUACGACUUGUCUCGGCCCAGGAUGUGAUUAUCGACGACGCAAUUGUGAACGGCGGAACGGCGGGGAUACUAGGCACGGACAUUGGUGGCCAGCGCGGAGUUCGUUCGCUGUGA